AUGCCGCCUGUUCUUCGUGCUUCAUGGCAUGUUAUUGGCUCGCAGUGGGAAACGAUACACACAGUGAUUUAUUCCAUGCCACAAUCUUAUCUCGAUCGAGCAGCAACAGUGCCACGAUGUUCGAACGGGACUCCACGUGCACAAAUGUUGAAUACCCGGUCUCCAAAAUUUGGUGCACCCUUGUUUAAUGAUGAUCAAAGUGGGACUUCAUGUCCAAGAUCUUGA